GGAAUAUAGCCAGUGUUUGGAGUUUCUAGACUUGGUUACAGCAAGUCCCAAUAGGUUGUUGCGCCAAGAGAACCAUACUUUAUUUUUGGUAUGAUGUUGCCAUCUAUAAUGAAGUUCCUGCUAGCUGCCAUAGUGCUUUUCACUCCAUUCCCCGGUUUAUCUGAAUCGAAGUAUGUUCUCAGUAAACUUUCAACCCUUUAUGUACCAUAUUAUGAUGCGACAACAGGGCAACCAAUAUAUAAAUAUGAUAUGAAGACAGCUGAUCAGAUUGCCUAUGAUCCACAAGAUAAGAUCAUCUACCUCGUAGGUUAUAGUGUGUUGUAUGUGAUCGAUGUAUCCGACCCUAAGAACAUGGCCAUUUUACACCAUCAGGUUUAUAAUAAAACUCAGUUGACAGAAAUUGAAUUUUGUGAUGGAUUUGUCUUUUUUUCUGCUGAUGAUGAGACUAGUGCCGAUACACGACUUCAUGGAAAGGUUUAUGUGUUAAAGAAAUACCAUGCUAACGAUGUCGAUUCCUUGAAGGUACUUCACACAGUGGAAGUUGGUGCUAUACCGGAUUCAAUAAAAGUAACAAAAGACUGUCGAACAGUUGUAGUAGCAGUUGGAGGAGAAGCCUUUGGAACUGGCAGAGACUUUCAAGAUCCUCCCGGGUCUGUUGGAAUAAUCAAAUUUCCUAACGGGGUCCAGGGUGAUAGUACCUACACCAAUUUAGACUUCGGUGAAUUUAAUAGCAAAAUUUUUCAGUUGGAGAAAGAUGGCGUACGUUUUAUAUAUCGUGAUAAUAGUAAUAUCUUUCUUAAAGAUGCCCAGCCAGAAACUAUCGCAUUGAAUGGGGAUGAAACAAUAGCUUACGUUUGCUUGCAGGCAAAUAAUGCAAUUGCAGAAGUGAAUUUAGUUACCAUGACGAUAACUGCUCUUCGUGGACUGGGAUAUAAAUCAUGGAGCUCAUAUAAGUUGGAUGCAAGUGAUAGAGAUGGAGGAAUCAAAAUGAACUCCUACGAUAUUAGAGCAUUUUAUCAACCCGAUGGUAUCCAUCACACAACAUGGAAUGGUAAAAGCAUCAUCAUCACCGCGAAUGAAGGGUUUACUAAGAAUUACGAUGAUCAAAUAGGCUGGAAGGAGGAAAUACGAGGAAGUAAAAUUGUAGCUAGUCUCUCCAAGACAGUGUCACAGAAUUUAAAAACAGCCUUAGCCGAUGAUAGUAAACUAGGUAGAUUGAUCUUCAGUAAAUUUGAUGGUUUAAAUGCUGAUGGUGAAUAUAAUCAUCUGUAUACAUUUGGUGGUAGAGGGAUAUCAAUCCGAUUAGCCAGUGAUAUGUCAGUACUCUAUGACAGUGGUAAUAUUGUAGAAGAACAGAGUGCUAAACACCUGCCUGACCUUUUCAACUGUGAUGGGCAUCCUCACAAUACACCACGUGAAAGUAUGGAUACAAGAUCGGACAAUAGGGGAACUGAGUGUGAAGCCAUAGAAACAGCAGUGAUCGAUGAACGUUUGGUAAUAUUUGUUGGGUGCGAGACACCCGGUGCUGUUUAUGUUUUCUCUGUUGGUGAUGAUUUCUCUACUACGCGUUUCGAAUCUAUAUUCACUAAUGUACCCAGAAAUGACGUAACCUUUUCUGAUAUGUACGACAAGCGUGUUCUGUCUGAAAUUGACCCAGAGGAUAUAAGGUAUGUAACUGGUAGUGACAGUCCUACUAACAGUUCAGUAUUGUUUGUAUCCAGUUCGGAGUCAGGUACACUAUCUGUGUUUCAAGUAAAUGUAGUCAAUACCAACUCGGGGACCAGAACAGGAUCUAUUAACUCACUUGGAUUAUUUUUAGCAACAGUAGUUUUAGUCAUGUUAAUUAGAACUCCGUGAGACCGAGACACAUGGUGUAGUUAUUUCUAGAUGCUUACAGACCCAUCAAAAGGAAAUGAAUUAAAAUGGCUUAAUACCACUGACAUGUUGUACAUAUAAUAAUUUUUAGAAAUAAUUUGUAAAUAAAACUGUAUCAAUAUUGACGAUUAAUA